AUGAAAUUCUCGGUUUUGUGUCUUAUAACUCUGUUGGUCGCUAGCACCAGCUUUGGCUUUUGUCCUGUGGCUACCCCAGGACGUCGCGUAUCUUUGGUAGUAGCCAGCAGCAGCAGCAGCAGUGAUGAUAAUAGUCCCUUUAACCGUGCCUCUCGUAUUGAAGGGAAUUCCAGACAGCCCAAUGAAGAAGAAGUAAAGAUCAUGGAUGAAAUGAUCAACAAAUUGGCCAAUGCCAAACCCUACGAGUUACCCAAUGCUGUCCGACGUGCCUUUCGUGUCAUUUCUUCUCCUCCAUUUUUCAUGAGAAUUGCCUCCUUGACGGAUGCCGCCAGCGAUGCUGUGGAAAAGGAAAAAUUAGCGGCGUUGGCAUCCAAUUUGGUUGCUACCCUCGAAGCGGUGGUGGAAACGACAGAAGAACAAUUGGACGAACGAGCCAAGGAAGUGGAAGUGGUUGUCAAGGCAGCCGCCGAACCAGACUCGGGAGAAUUCUUGGUACCACUCUCGCAGGAUCGAUUGGUGGCCAUGCGACAAAAAUUGCAAGGACUCGAACCCAAUACAUUGGACGAAGGUUUCCUGUCCACGGUCGAUGCCUGGAUGAACAAAUCACAUUUGGAUGGAAUGGAUCUCAUGGUACAAAUCUUGCAAUCCGUGUUGCAAAUGUAUGCUGGAACGCAAAUCUUGAGAGCCAAAGAAGGGGAAGGAGAUGCGUCGUCAUCAUCAUCAUCACCGGCAGCAGAACUCUUUCAUAAACUGCUCCAAACGGAAAGCGAUAAUUGGGACGCGGAAAUUCAAAAGGCAGCACCCGGAGUGACGCCAUCAUCUCUCAAAAGUGAAGUCCAACGAGCCAUGGAAACUAUUGUGCUGGGUUUGGAAAGUGGAUCCAUGGCACAACAGGUUCAGGCAGAGUACUUGAGAGAAUUGGUGACCAGAGUGGAAAAGAUUGAAAAGCUGGUUUAG